UCGAAGUUGGACGAGGUCAACGACAUCAUAUCACGUUUUGUCCGCCGUUUUCUUUGCAGUUCCAAACUAGAUAGUCGCAUACAAUAUAACACAAUCAUAAGUACGCUUACAGCUAAAAGAGAAGGAUUUCCAAUCAUGAAACAGUUACAAAAAAUUACUGUACUUUGGAUUUGUUUAAUAGUUCAAGCAGUAAGAAUACAAGGGUGCAGAAACGGAUGGAUACAAUUUGAAAACUCCUGCUACUUUUUGUCAAAAGACGCGGAGACCUGGGCUGAGGCAUCGAUAAUUUGUGUCGAUCUGCACAGUCGUUUGGCCACUGUGGAGUCAGCUGCUGAGAAUAACUUCUUGAAGGCAGAAGCACAUCGUUUGAAUGCUGUGGGAUACUGGUUAGAUGGCACAGACUUUGAGGUAGAAAAUGUAUGGCGUUGGGCAGCAAGUGGUAACACAAUCACCUAUACCAACUGGGGAGGUCAUGACCCAAACGAGGCAACGCAUGCAAACUGCCUAGCUCUUUGGAGAGACUUUGGAUAUCAAUGGGCUGAUGAAGCAUGUCGACAUGUCUGGAACUUCAUUUGCGAAACGAGUGCCACCGUGGACGGCCAGGAAGUAAUUGGAUAGAGAUAUUGCUAUUACCGGGAUAUUUCAGCUGUUCAAAACAAUUUUUUUUUAUAUUUCAACGAUUGUGAAAAAUACGUUUUGUAUUUAAUGAGACGAAACUAAAAACAGCAGAUACAAAUUUAAGAGGAUUAUAUUUUUUUAUAAAUUAAAGAGUAAUAUCAAGAGGCGGCAGGGCAUCCAAAUUAUUAUUAUUUUAAUCCGAGUUGCAGAAAAGCUAGGGUUUUAUUUUACCUUUCUCAAUCAGUCAAAGCAAAAUUGAAAAUAUAGUCGUUGAAUACAUGUUAACACAAAGGGAAACACAGAUUGCUAAUAACAAAAUUCAAGAACCAAACUACUUUCAAUUUUCUAAACCCUGGCGGAAAGUGAGGUCUCCCUGUGGGAGGAAACCGGAGAAAACCGACAGGUGACUUUCAUACAUUUGAACGUUAAGUCGAGGAAUCGGAUCCUGGGUGACUUAGUGGAAGGCACGUGCGUUACUCGUAUGAUUUAACCUUCAAUUUACAAAAUAUAUUUUUGUUAUAGUCGUGA